AUGCAUGCCCUGGAACGAAGCAGGCGCCCUCAUCAUCAGCGAGCCCGGUUUACGAAUUACGGUUAUGAGGUUAUCAUCCUCAGCAUUGCGGACGUGAGAACUCAAUAUCGUUGUCACGUCACCGUUGUCGUCAUCGUCGCCGCCGGACAAAAGCCAAAUUUUAUAUAUUCGGAGAUGUUGGAAGUUGGUUUGCGAGUUGUCCGUGGCCAAGACUGGAAAUGGGACGAUCAAGAUGGUGGAGAGGGUCACGCUGGGACAAUAGUGGAAAUCGGUAGACCUCCCUCCACAGGGAACUCAACCUCUAGUCCAAAUCCCACCGAUCGGACGCCAGACAAGACAGUCAUCGUUCAAUGGGAUCAUGGCGCUAGGAGUAAUUAUAGAAUCGGCUAUCAGGGUGCUUAUGAUUUGUUGGUGUUUGAUAAUGCGGCGGCUGGCGUUAAGCACUCCAACAUUAUCUGUGAUGGUUGCAAAAGACAUGGGAUAAUUGGUAUCAGAUGGAAGUGCACAGAGUGUUUUGACUACGAUCUCUGCACACAGUGUUACAUGGCCGAUGUACAUGAGUUAACUCACACUUUUGAGAGAUAUCAAACAGCAAAUUCUGUAGGAGUUCGUCUGGAGUCAAGAGAAGGCUGCACAAAGAUACCUUUGAAAGGAAUCUUCAUAGGAGCAAAAGUCAUUCGCGGACCAGAUUGGGAAUGGGGAAAUCAGGAUGGUGGACGUGGGAAAACCGGCAGAGUCAUGGACAUACGUGGAUGGGACAACGAAAGCAGUCGGUCCGUCGCAACCGUCACGUGGUCCACGGGUAGCACUAACGUGUAUCGAUUAGGUUUCAAAGGUUGCGUGGACCUGUGUUACAUGGAGGAGGCUAAUGCUGGCACUUACUACAAGGAACAUCUUCCGUUACUCGGCCAACCGGUCUUGACCGUACCGGAUAAUGGAAACGGCACAACACCGAUAAGGAGCGGUGUCACAAACAUCACGUCUAGUCCCCAUCCUCUAAUGUUUAACGUCGGUGACAAGGUGAAAGUGUUAAUAGAGGUCGAUACGUUAAAGGAGAUGCAAGACGGUCAUGGCGGAUGGAAUCCGCGUAUGGCCGAAUACAUAGGAAAGAUUGGUACGGUACAUCGAAUUACGGACAAGGGAGAUAUUCGCGUGCAGUACGAAGGCUGCCACAAUAGGUGGACUUUCCACCCAGGUGCUCUGACGAAAGUUACCGCCAAGGAUGGAUUCUCUCUUGGUGAUAUAGUCCGCGUGAAAAGCGAUCUAGCUGCCGUGAAACAAUAUCAACGUGGCCAUGGUGAAUGGAUAGACGUCAUGAAAAAUGCUCUAGGGAAGACUGGGAAGAUAAUCAAAAUCUAUUCCGAUGGCGACUUACGUGUGGCGUUGGACAUACAUGGUCAUACAUGGACAUUUAAUCCGCUAAGUGUUGUCCCGGUAUCUUCUGGCACAAAUGCUAUGGCUGCCACGCACGAUAAUGCAAACAAGAGUAGAGAUCGUUCGGUCGACGGUACCGACAGUGAAGUGGAAAAGCUAUUAAGGGAUGCGGCUAGAGGUGAAGCUGGAGUGGACGCAGUACGGGAAUUCCUCAAGAAAUACCCUGGCAGAGUGGACGCGUGUGCUCCUGGCGGUGGCAGAAAAACGUGCUUGCAAGUGGCCGCUCACCAAGGUCAGCGUGAGCUCUGCACUCUCCUUCUGGAUGCUGGUGCUUCUUUGCGUGCGGUCGAUGAGGACGGAGAUAUGCCUUUGCAUUAUGCGGCAUUCGGAAAUCAACCAGAGAUAAUGGAUCUAUUAUUAUCGCGAGGUGCAGCUAUCAAUGCCGUUAAUAACGGCAGAUGUAGUGCUUUGCAUGUGGCAGUUAAUAAGCAACAUGUGCAAUGCGUGAAAGUUCUACUGCGUUAUCAUUGUGACGUCAACCUUCAAGACUCGUAUGGCGAUACAGCGUUGCACGACGCGAUAGGAAAGGAUGCGCUAGAUGUGAUCGACGCGUUAUGCGCCUGCGAGAGGGUUGACUUCACGUUGAGGAACAAACGGGGUUUCAAUAUCUUGCAUCAUGCCGCACUCAAGGGCAAUGCUCAUGCAACGGAGAGGCUGGUUGCGCGGGCGCGUCACUUGGUAGACGUGAAAAAGGAAGAUGGAUUUGCAGCAUUGCAUCUAGCGGCGUUGAACGGACACAAGGAAGUUGCGGCCAUCCUUCUCUCGCAGAAUGGUGGCCGCGCCAAAGUGGAUCUGUGCAACAAUCGGCGGCAAACGCCGUUGCAUUUAGCAACUUCGCAGGGACAUUGGUCGCUGGUUGAGCUGCUGGUGCAUCACAAUGCGGAUAUCGGCAGCACGGAUGAGGACGGCGACACUGUAUUACAUAUCGCGAUAGCAAAGAGCCCGAAUCAACAGACUGCUGUGCCUACACCCGAAAGUAGCCGGGAUUCACCACUUUUGUAUGCUAUCUGGCAGAACCUGGCAAGGCAAGGCGCAAAGACUGAAUUAGCAUUAGCUUGUUUUUUGGUAAGCGUGGACAGAAGUUGUAAACUCCUUGAGCAAGUCAGAAACAACAAGGACAAGACGGCACUUGAUCUUUUGGAAAGCAAUCCACAGGCUACCAUGCUUGCUGAUCUUUUACGCUCUUACAAAUACCAAAGUCACAGCACGCAAUUAGAAAUAGAGAACAAUCCAUCGCCUGGUUAUGUAGAGCCACCUGUAUACCGGAUAGAUAAUAUAUCGCAGUCGGAAGGAUUGCACGUUGCGAAGAAGAAUAUAAUCGGUUCCGGUGACGCGGCAGAGUGUCGGGAUUGCUCGGGGAUCAUAGGAAACACAAAACAGGAGAAUCGAAUUGAUCCUAGCAGUAGCGUUACGCUGGUUGGUUGUGCACGUUGUGGCCAUACGCAAACAAUUCCAGAUGGUCAGUUGGCGACAGGUGAAGUCUCUAUAGCCAAUUCGGAGGAUAAAUCGAAAGACGUAUCUUCAGAAGGCAAACGAAAAAAGGAGAUCAAUGACAAGGAAAAAGAGAAGGAUAAAGAUCUAGAACGGCUACGUUAUUUGGAGACUAGAGUCGCAGAUCUCGAGGAGGCGAAUAUGUGUAGCAUCUGUAUGGAACGUCGUCGUAAUGUCGCGUUUCUUUGCGGGCAUGGCGCGUGUGAGCAUUGCGCCGCUCCGUUGAAGACUUGUCACAUGUGCCGCAAGACGAUCACAAAAAAGAUUAAUUUGUAUUAGAAGUUCGAUCAAUCACUAUACGUUUAUGUCGGAACAUUGAUUUCCACGUGGUGUACAGCAUGUGUCACGAGAGGAAAAGUCGGUAUCAGUGAUAAUAAUA